AUGAGUAAAUAUGAUGCAUCUAGUCUAGAAUUAGAAGAACCAUUUACAAUACAAAUUGCAAGACCAGUUUCUACUAGAAACUAUAAUAUUAAAUCAUUUAUUCGACGUAUUUUUAAUCUUAAUGAUGUACCAAAUAAAAAACAACAUCUUCCAUUAUUUAUCAUUGCUAUUAGUAUUUUACAUAUCUCCAUUUAUUUCUCACGAUUCAUUUAUGAUAGCAAAAAAGAUCAACAUUUCGCAAUGACUUUAUAUCAUCUUUUCAAACUUUAUAUACCAUGUAUGCGUCCAACAUCUCAUUUUAUUCGCAGUCGUGUUGUUAAAUGUAUUCGAUUGACGACGAAUGGAACGUGCUAUUAUGAUGAAGUACUCAAACAAACAUGUUUUACUUUCUUAUAUCCUAAUCAAUUAUGGCGAAUGAUUACUGUUAAUUUUUCACAUUUAGAAUGGUUACAUUUACUAAGUAAUCUUUUAGCACAACUUGUACAAGGUAUACCGUUAGAACGUAAAUAUGGUUCAAUUUGUAUAGCAAUUAUUUACUGGCUUUCAGGUUUAGGUGCUAAUUUAAGUUUCAUGACAUUACAUAGAACAGAAGAAGCUACAGGAGCUUCCGGUUCUUUGUACGGUUUAAUGUUAUUCUUAAUUGUUGAUCGUCUUAUUGCAAUUCAAGCAAAUGUUGAACAACGUCGUUUUUUAAUCUUACAAUUAACCUUACUUUUAUUACCUCAUAUUGUUGUUAGUAUACCUCUAAUAAUUAAAUUCAAUGUAGCUCAUUCAGCUCAUGUUGGUGGUGGUUUAGUUGGCUUUCUCAUCGGUAUCGGUAUGCUUGGUUAUCCAAGAUCAUGGAACAACAGAUAUUGCAUCCGUCAAAUAACAUGUCGACUCAUUGCAUUCAUUCUUCUCUGUAUAUUUUAUGUAAUAACUAUCUCAAUUUUUUUUAUACAAGAUGUUCCUGUCGUUUAUUCUAUUUAUUACAGCCCGAACCCGCAAAUAUAUUUAGAAUAA